AUGGAUGAUCCAUGGUACAAGCAACUUGUUUGUUUAAAUUUCAAUAAGACAAUGUUUCCGUUAGCCGGAAUGGGAUGGCUCGUGUGGGGGAAACCAAGGGAAAGGUGGAUUGAGAAAGUAAGAACCCUUACCACAUCAGCCUUCAGUACCUCGGCGGCGGCGGCGAAACGUAGCAGCGCCACCUUCUUAUCUUACGGCUCUCGCAACUAUCUUAGCGUGAGCCACUUAGCAGCAUUCCACAAGAAAUUCAAUCUUUUCACAAAAUCCCCUUUCGCUUACACCAAACACCGUGCUAGUAAAUCCACCCAUGGAAUCUUCCUUCCCCACUUGGUCGCUUCGGUGGAACAAGUUGAACAAAGUUACAUCAUGGUUAAACCUGAUGGCGUACAGCGUGGCCUUGUUGGAGAAAUUAUUUCAAGGUUUGAAAGGAAAGGUUUUAAAUUGACCGGCUUGAAGCUAUUUCAAUGCCCCAAAGAAUUGGCUGAGGAACAUUACAAGGAUCUCAAGGCCAAACCAUUCUACCCUACACUGAUCAACUACAUUACUUCAGGACCGGUCGUAUGUAUGGUAUGGGAGGGUGUCGGUGUUGUUGCUUCUGCAUGGAAGUUGAUUGGGUCUACCAAUCCUCUCCAGGCUGAACCUGGUACUAUACGAGAUCUUGCAGUUCAAACAGGAAGGAAUGUUAUCCAUGGUAGUGACAGCCCUGAGAAUGGCAAGCGUGAAACUGCUCUUUGGUUCAAAGAAGGUGAGUUAUGCAAGUGGACACCUGCUCAAGCAUCAUGGUUAAUGGAGUGAUCUUUCAGCAUAUUGUUGAUGGAGGCAAAGCACUCUAAGUUAUCUUCUGAUAUUAUAUUCUCAGUGUCAAAAGUAUUCAUUUAAGAUUUC